CUCCGGUGUACGUACGUGUAUAUAUGUUACGUGUAACAUAUAUCGUAUAUCGCAUAGCUCUUAAUAUAUUUCCCCUCGCAACCGGCCAAAGGCUUUAAUAUGAGUUCCUCUCUAUGUGGAAGCAAAGAAAUCUUCUUUCAAGCGGAGCUACAGUUUUGCUGAAUAAUCACGUGUGAGUUAGGGGCGGGCUCUUGGCAAAGAGUUUCUUUACGAGUAUUUACUACAAGGUCUACUCCAGAAGAUUAACCAUCCCAAUCCUUCUGUCAGUCUCCGAUGCCAUGCCUGGUUAAAAAAAAAAUCUCAUCUUUUUCUGAUCGUCAGUCACCCUAAAGAAUGGCCGAGCCUUCUGGGAACGAGCUGGCGUCCGCGGCUGCCAAGGGGGACCUAGUGCAACUCACUAAUUUGUUGCAAAAGAAUGUAAACGUCAAUGCACAAAAUGGAUUUGGGAGGACUGCGCUGCAGGUGAUGAAGCUCGGCAACCCCGAGAUCGCCCGCAGACUGCUGAUGAGCGGCGCGAACCCCAACCUGAAGGACAGUACCGGCUUCGCCGUCAUUCACGACGUAGCCAGAGCGGGUUUCCUGGACACUUUGCAGACCCUGCUGGAGUUCCACGCCGACGUGAACAUCGAGGACGCGGAAGGCAACCUGCCGCUGCACCUGGCGGCUCAGGAGGGCCACGUGCGGGUGGUGGAGUUCCUGCUGCGGCGCACCCCGAGCCGCGUGGCGCACCAGAACCGCCGCGGCGACACGGCGCUGGACCUGGCCCGGCUGUACCGGCGCAGCGCCGUGGUGCGGCUGAUGGAGGGCGGCCCUCCGCCCGCGGCCGACGCCAACUGAACCGGACCCCCUCGGACCUUGCGGCUCCCAGCCUCAUUCUUUUAUUAUUUUCUUUUUUUUUUUUCCCCUCCUUUUUAAUAACUUUUGGUUCAACCCUACUUCUAUUUUUUUUUUUGGUUGUUGUUGUUGUUAUAUUUUUUGAAUAGUCGAUAGCGUGAGUUCGAGAAGUUGUAGAGGUGGGGUUUUAGCUGAGGAACAUGAUUUCAGUGCACGGUGGCGGCACGUUGCUGCCGCUCACGGCACUCCUUACCCCGCCGUGCCCACGCCGCUGCUCGCACCGGGCUUCCAGCACCAGGCUCUGCAAUGUAUCCCCGCUCAUUACUCAGCCAUUAACCCAAACGCUGCGUAUCCAUCGCUUAAUGUUCCCUUUCCGCUCCGGUGAAAGGAAACAACCCGCGGGGAUUCUUCCCCCUCUUCCCCGUGCACCUCAUCACCCCCGGCUCAGCGUGUUGGGGUCGGGUGGGGACCGGGAGCGGCCCGGCCGGGGGUCACCGGGCCCGGGAAAGCCGCUUCGGGCAGCUGCCUCAGUUUGACACUAACAGGAGCUCGCAGGAGUAGGUCGCUAGCUUUCUAAAUGUAGAUGACACUUUUUCAUUUUGUGUAUUUAAACUUUCACCGAGCUGCCUUUGAGUUUAGUUACCAGAAACAACAUA